AAAGAAAGCAAAUAAAAAUGGCAGGAGGAUCCGUGAUUAGCAAAACAAUCUUAAUAGCCCUCUUCUUCUGCUUCCUUCUCAUCGCAUCCUUUGGUGUGGAAACUGCUGAAGCACAGAAAGGAGGUGGUGGUGGCGGUGGCGGCGGCAAGGUCAAGUACUGCAUAAAGCCGUCGAGUGGGUGUUGUAAAAGGUGCUUGCCGAUGUUAAUGUGCAAUUCUUGGUGCAAGAAGCAGGGGGCUCACCAUGGACAAUGCAAAGGGGGCACUUGCUAUUGCUACAGAAAAUGUUGAAAAACUCUAUCUAUCUUAGCAUGGUGCAUAUACAUAUUAUAUACCUAAAUAAGAUGCUGCAUAUAUAUAUAUAUAUAUAUAUAUAUAUAUAAAUGCUAUUAUCGUAGCCACUUACUGCGGCAGCUAGACACCAUUGCUAUCACUAUCAUCUAUCUAUGUGUGCGCUAAUUAUCAUUCUGUUUAAUAUUAAACUUUUGUGUUUUUGGUGU